GCUCACAGAGUGAGGAGGAUACAGAGCGCUCGAACGGACCCUUCAUAAUCAGUGUUAGUUUAUCAGUCGUAACGCGUGGAUGUGUGGCAACGAACUCUUGGAUCCCUCCUUGCGUUGUGAACGUGGUUUCGCCUGUUACAGGUGCAUUGAAGUUGCCUAUAUCCGAGAUGAUUAUUUUGCGUUUACUCUCCGCUGCGAGAUAAAAUCCGUGGUACCUGUUGACUUGAGGCCCGCGAGGAGGAGGCGGAGGACAGCCUCGUCUUGACGAGUUGUGAUCGAGGAGACGUGUUCGCUGGCAGGCUUCACAAGGAAAUAAAUCGUGUUCAGCGUCGGUUACUCACAAAAGAAACAAUAAAGUGGACAAGUUAAGUGGAAGUGCAAGACAAGUGACACAGGUCAGCCAGGAUAUUAAAAUUGUUUUAAGGACCUUUUUCUUGCGUCCAGUUAGUCUGGUUUCCUGAAGCUCUUUUUUAAUAGAAUAGACACACAAACGAAAAUCAGCACAUUAUUUGGUACCUUCGGCAUCGACUUUCUCCAUUCUAGAGGGACAGUCGGCCAUAAUUACAAUAAUCACAGCAGUAGCAGAUGCCUGGGGUAAGGUCGACCCUUAAAAGGUCCCGGAGACGACCCUAAAGACCUAAAUGCCUCCGAAAGGCAUUAUUUUUGGCCGUUGCCUCUACCCGAGUUCCUUCUGUUGGUUUUCCUUAAAUGCAAAACUUAUGAAGAGAACGAUCUUCCUGCAGGUGUCUUUAAUUUCCGGCAGUGGUGUUGAGUGACUUUUUUUCGAGCAGUGGCAAGAAUAAACGAAUAUUACGCUGCUUUCGAAAUAAUUGAUAACAAAUGACUGAAUUGAACUGGAAAGUUGAGUUCUAGGCAAGGAAAGGCGGCAUUUACAGCCUUUUUAUCAGUGCACUCGUAAACGUUCAGUCAUUGGAGGAGAAGAUAAGAUUCCGUGGCCUCAGGUGUUUGGCCCUCCACCUCCCCAAAGUCAUCAUCAGUGUCCACGGAACCUUGGAGGCGGAAAGACCUCCCGGUUCGGUGUUGGGUGAAGUUCUACAUUUGCCCAGCGGGGUUAGGAAACAACCGCCUGGAGGCGCAGCGCAAGAUGUGGGACUCGAAGAAUAGGAUAAUUCGGAUGGUGCUGGAUGUUAUACUGUACUUAUCAAUUUUCAUCACAGCCUUAGCUUCGCUGUUGGGUCCAGUCCCGCCGCCCUACUUCUACAUCUCGUGCGAUGAUCCGUCAAUCAGGAGACCUUACAGCAAGGAAACCGUUCCUACUGCGAUGCUCAUCAGUUUUACUCUGAUUCUUCCUUUCAUCGUUAUGACUGCCUUCGAGUGGGCUGUCCCUCCUACCUGUGAUGGGAUGUCCCCCCUGCGCCAGGGUCUUCGCAGAAGUUUGCGUUAUCUUGCAGACCUCCUCAUCGGUUUCGUGUUUGUGUAUUAUAUCACUGAAAUCAUGAAAGUCAUUACAGGAGAGCCCAGGCCUCAUUUCUGGAAUAUCUGUGCACCGAACGUCACCUCUGAAUGUCACCAACCGUACAUAAGAAUCACGUGGAAGGAUUGCACAAACCCCCUUGGCAAAUCCAAGAGACGAGUCAUUGACUCCAUGAAGUCAUUUCCAUCAGGUCACGCAACUCUCUCAGUCUUUUCGACCGUCUUUAUGGUUGUCUACAUAAAGCAGCGUUUAUGGAAUAAGUGCUCCAGAUUAAUAGCUCCAUGGCUUCAGCUCAUGUGGGUCACAUGGGCGAUAGUCUGCUGUCAGUCCCGGUUAUGGGAUAAUCGACACCACUGGUGGGAUGUCCUUGCUGGAGGCCUUCUUGGAGGUUUUGGAUGCUUGCUAACACUGCACUACCUCAGCAACUGGUUCAUCCGAGAGGAAGAUUGCCUGGAGAAUGAAGUGAUAACAGCGGAUCCCAAUUACAUGAGACACAACUCGCGUUUCUCGCAGACGUCGGUCAAGAGGCUGAUCUCCACCACCUCAGAGACUGACAACCAUAAUGAUCACCGGCAGGAUAACAGAGAACUGACAGACAUUAAUGGUACACCUUAGUCACAUUUGAAUGGGAAUCGGCACAACACUUGGUUAUCCUUUUUGAUGGUUCUUUGAGGAUGAUUACUUUGUGUUACUCGAUGGAGCACUGUUCACUUCCAGAAGUGAUGUUGCUUGUAUGCAAGGGAGUCAUGCCUUGUCUCUCUGUUGCAUGUAGAUGCAGUAUCAAAUGUACAUUUUAAGAUGGUAUAUGCAGUACAUGGAUUGAUCAUUGCAAAAUUAACCUGACUGCUAAAAAACUAAGAAAUUACAUCGCCAUGAAAAAUUCAGAAAUCGAAUUAUAUUUAGGGUUACAUGAUCCUUAUGUAUUAUUUAAGUCCAGUAGAGAAAGAAGUCAGAGCGAAUCAAUCCAUCUCCAUUGAAAGUUAUAGCUGCUGUCAAGUAUUUUGAUAGAAGUGCAAAAUUCUUUUCCAUGAUAAGUAUUCCGUCCACUUACUAUUGACUUUUACCACCCAUAUGAAAUAAUUUUAUGUACAUAUAUUUUUUAUCUUGUAGGGAGUUGUUUACUUCUUGAACAACUGAUUAUUAACAUUUGUAGUUUAAACAAAAUUCUUGACCAAAUUUUCUACAGUAAUACCUCACCUUACGUUCGUUAUUAUUUCGUUAGAUAGUUGAAAAUGUUCCUUACUGUUUUUAAUAAAUUUAUAUAUUUUAAUUCUAAAGGGUAUUAAGAAACACAAUAUACAUGUGCCUGUUGGGGGAUGUCUUAUGUGCUUAUGUGGAAGAAAUUUCUGCUCUUCAACAAUCUUUGUUAAUGUGGCAGGGAAUUCAGAUGUUGCUAACUCGUCUGUUAUCCUUGGAAUAUCAUCUUUGAUUUGAACUACAAUCCAUGCCUUACUGUGAACGAUUAUUGAUAACUUCGAAAACUAGAGCUAUUAGCACAAUCUAUGACAGGAAUCUUUUCACAUCUUAUUGUAGCCUCGUUACUUUUCAAUGAUAUAUCACUAGCACUAGCAUGAGCAUUCUUCAGAGCCAUGGGGUCAAAAUAUAAGUCACAAAUACAGAGCAAAUGAGACAAAGUGAAUAACAUAACUGAAUUCAUUGCCAAGAACCAUUGCUGCCGAAUAGCUAACGUUAGAACCAUUACAGCUAAACGUAUGUGAAUUAAAACAGUUUUUUUAAUAUUGUAAAGCAUUUUAAUUAUAAAUUAUUUAUUAUAUAUAUAAUAUUUUUUGUUUUAAAAUUUUUUCUUAAGUGAUUUGGCACUUUUUUAUUGACUUGUUUGUAUUUUUAUGGCUUUUCAAAAUUUGUGAUUAUCGAUUUAAAGUUACGUAAACAAGUGUGUUGAUUGUUAUUUUUCAUUGUUUGUAACAAAAACUUCUGUAAAUUCGAAAAUGACAAAAAUUGAAACGACGUAACUGGAGGUAUCACUAUACUAUUUUGUUUCUGGAAGCAAAUUAGAAAUCUUAAGACUGGAUUGCCAAGUGUUGUGUGUAAAAAGGUUUUGCAUUUCUUGAGGAAGAUUUUGUUGUUUUGUGUUGAUUAAAGUCUAUGAAAAAUAUUUAGUAUUGAACCACAAGAAAAUAAAUUGUGUUGGCGUUAAAGGAAUUUAUUAUUCCUUGGGAAAAACUUAAAAAUCAUAAUUCCAAUGGUAUGGUUGUAGUGUUGGAAAUUACCAAAUUUCUGGUUGUAGGAAUCAGUUCUGUUAAGGGUUAAGUGAAUGCUAGAAUGCAAGUUUUUAUGUUUUCAUGGCUUAUGCUUGUAUAUUAGGACUGACUAGUAGUCAAGCUGUAGUUUACGUGUAUGUAUAUUUUAUAGCAUUUGGAGGACCGUGUUUGUCACGAGAAUCUUUACUAAAAUCCUGUAUUUGACAAAAAUACUUGAUGUGGUGCUAGAUGACAUUCCAAUCAGCUAUGGUUCUGAAUUUAUACCAGAUGUGUAUUAGUAUGGCUUAACAUUUUAUUUUUAAGAAUUAUGUGUUUCUGACCACAAUUCAUGGAGCUACUCAGUAAUGCAAAAUCUUAAUAUUAAUUCUGUCAAAAUAUAUUAAGAUUAUUCAUGGAAUAUGUGUAUAGUUGUGUAAAUAAGAAAUUUGUAUUUAUAAGCAUGCAAUUUCUGGAGAAAUAUAGUCUGUUCUAUUUUUGUAGUUAUGACAAUGUACAUUUUUCAGAUAAUUACACAGUACUAGGCAUAAGGUGCUACAUUUUAUUCUUUCUUUCAUUACAUAGUUUUCUAAUUUAAAGAACUCAGAAGUGAUUAUGUUGUAAAGGGCUCUCCCCAUUUUUUCACAUACCAUAACUAUAUGGUUUAUAAUCUGUUUAUAUUGUAUAUUGACAAUGUGGCUGUAAAUUGGCUUCUGAAAAAUAAAUUUUAUGAAAUUAUA